AUGAGUGCUCAAGGCUCUGGCAAUGAUAUUCCUGAUGAGGAAGUUCAGAAGGACAUAGACAAGCUAGAUGAAAAAAGCAUAAGCAAGAAAAAGCAAAUUCUUGGGCUAGAAAAAAAAAACCCUCCAGAUUGCAAAUUUAUUGUGUUCCAAGGAGUCAUUCUCUCACAGCUUCCUCAGCCUCUUCUCUUAGGUGCCAUGACUGCCAUCACUGGACUCAAGUUCAAUUAUGACAAGAACGGGGUAGAACUCAGGUAUCUCAUUCACAGGCCAAGUUCAAGUUCCCAGAUGUUGGAUAUUAUAUCAAAACUAGAUCCUGUAAGAACUUGGAAACGUCGUGUUUCUGCCUAUUCGGGCGUAGGGCUGUUUGUAAGCUUCAGCGGAGUUAUGCUUUACGUUGCUGGGCAAUUCUUUGUGAUCGCAAUGGUGAAUAGUGUGUCAAGCUUUGUUAGUGCUAACCAAUUGCUUACUGUUGCUAAGCUAUUGUGUGCGGUCGCACUGUGUCUGUCACCUUAUAAGAACUCUGUUCUUCGUACUCCUUACGCAACUUUCUCAAUGCUUUUAAGCUAA